UUGAUACCAAAUGAGGAAACAAAAGGAGAGGCUCCUAAGAGUAGAGUAUGCAAAAUACGGCAGAGUUUACUUUGGUUAACUCUCAAACGAUUCUUGAUUUUUUUAUAUUCCAAAAUUAGUUUUUUAUAUUACUAUAAUUGUUUGUGUGGGGGAGGUUUUUGUUUGUUCUGUACUUUUGUUUUUAUUUUUAUUUUUAUUGUGUUCUUUUUCUUUUUUUCUUCUGAUUUUCCUAUAAUAAGAGAAAUGUUGGGAAUUUAUGAGGCUGUGGAGCUUCAGUGUGCUUGUGUGUGCAACUAGAAAGUUUUUGCUGUGUGGCUCUGUUGUGAGGUUGGCCUAGCUGAAACAGGAGAUCCUCCUAUGGUGACACUGGGAUAGAUUGCAUACUGAAGAGUUUGUGAAUCCAUGGUGCAGACCUAACAGGAAGUUGUGAUCGUGUUCGGUGUGAAAAAAAGGUUGAGAGGUUGAUCUUGAUUGAUAUUGGAGUCUGUGCUUUUUCUUGAGUUAAUGAAAUGAGUUUGAGUUAUAACGGUGAUGGUGGAGGUGCAAGGGUGUGAGGCAAGUUGGAGGAGGACCACAGUUUUUGGAUGUGUUGUUUUACUUGGCCUACAUGCAAUUCUAGCUGGGUGAAGAUGGAGGGUUCUUCUGGGUCUGCUUUUCACAAUUCUGGCAGUUCUAGGGCCUUGAAUAGUUCCGGAGUCUCAGAUAGGAACCAAAGGGUUCAUUGUCCUCAAAGGAACCCCUUUUCGGGUGAGGCAUCACAGGAUUCGGGGUUUAGAAAGGAAAGGGAUAGGGUUCUGUUGGCUCAAAGCGGUCAGCCUAAAAAUUUGGGUGGCGGGUUUUCGGGGUUGUGUGAGGAUGAGGUGGAGGUUGACCCCUUUUUCUGUGCUGUAGAAUGGGGUGAUAUUAGCUUGAGGCAAUGGUUGGAUAAACCUGAACGAUCGGUGGAUGCCUUUGAAUGCUUGCACAUAUUUAGGCAAAUAGUAGAGAUCGUUAGUGUAGCACAUUCUCAAGGAGUUGUAGUUCACAAUGUGAGGCCUUCCUGCUUCGUCAUGUCAUCUUUCAACCAUAUCUCGUUUAUUGAAUCAGCAUCUUGUUCAGAUACUGGAUCGGAUUCUUUAGGAGAUGGAAUGAACAACCAAGGCGGUGAGGUUAAAACUCCAACAUCUCUCUGUCCCCAUGAUAUGCAUCAGCAGAGUUUGGGAAGUGAAGAUUUUAUGCCCAUCAAGACUUCAACCACCCCUGCUCGGUCAGAUUCUAGUUGCAUGCUGUCGAGUGCCGUGUAUGCAGCUCGUGCAUCAUUGAUAGAAGAAACAGAAGAAAAUAAAAUGAAAGAUAGGAGAAAGGAUGAAGAAGUAGAAGGAAAGAAGCAAUCAUUUCCAAUGAAACAGAUACUACUAAUGGAGAUGAGUUGGUACACUAGUCCUGAAGAGGGUGCUGGUGAAUCUAGUUCUUGUGCUUCAGACGUUUAUCGAUUGGGGGUUCUCCUUUUUGAGCUAUUUUGUCCGCUCAGCUCAAGAGAAGAAAAGAGUAGAACCAUGUCUAGCCUUAGACACAGAGUUCUUCCUCCACAGUUACUUCUAAAGUGGCCUAAAGAAGCUUCAUUUUGCUUAUGGUUACUGCAUCCUGACCCUAAGAGUCGUCCAACACUUGGGGAGUUGUUGCAGAGCGAGUUCCUUAAUGAACAGAGAGAUGAUACGGAAGAACGUGAAGCAGCGAUAGAGCUGAGGCAAAGGAUAGAGGAUCAGGAGUUGUUGUUAGAGUUCCUUUUGUUACUUCAACAGAGAAAACAGGAAGUUGCUGAGAAGUUGCAACAUACUGUCUCUUUUCUGUGUUCAGAUAUUGAAGAAGUGACCAAGCAGCACGUUAGAUUUAAAGAGAUUACUGGUGCUGAACUGGGGAGUGAUGAGCGUUCAGCAUCAAGUUUCCCAUCCAUGACAUUUGUUGAUAGUGAGGAUUCUGCUUUUCUAGGGACUAGAAAACGAGUCAGACUAGGGAUGGAUGUUAAAAACAUUGAGGAAUGUGACGAUGAUGUAGGGGAUGAUCAGAAAAGUAACGGAAGUUUUCUUUCAAAAAGUUCACGACUAAUGAAGAACUUUAAGAAACUUGAGUCAGCUUACUUUUUAACACGAUGUAGACCAGCCUAUUCCUCUGGGAAACUGGCGGUUAGACAUCCACCUGUAACAAGUGAUGGUAGAGGGUCUGUUGUCGUGACUGAAAGAAGUUGCAUCAAUGACUUGAAAUCUAAAGAGCAGUGCAGGGAGGGUGCAAGUGCUUGGAUAAAUCCUUUUCUUGAGGGUUUGUGCAAGUAUUUAUCAUUCAGUAAGCUAAAGGUUAAGGCUGACCUAAAGCAAGGAGAUCUUUUGCAUUCUUCCAACCUAGUAUGCUCACUCAGCUUUGAUCGUGAUGGAGAAUUUUUCGCUACCGCGGGUGUGAAUAAGAAAAUUAAAGUGUUUGAAUGUGAUUCAAUAAUAAAUGAGGAUCGUGAUAUCCACUAUCCAGUUGUGGAGAUGGCUAGCAGGUCAAAGUUAAGCAGUAUAUGUUGGAAUACAUACAUCAAAAGUCAAAUUGCUUCAAGCAACUUUGAAGGUGUUGUACAGUUAUGGGAUGUGACAAGAAGUCAAGUAAUCUCUGAAAUGAGGGAGCACGAGCGGCGGGUGUGGUCCAUUGAUUUCUCAUCAGCAGACCCAACAAUGUUGGCAAGUGGGAGCGAUGACGGUUCUGUCAAGCUAUGGAGUAUCAAUCAGGGAGUUAGUGUUGGUACCAUCAAAACCAAGGCAAAUGUUUGCUGCGUUCAGUUCCCCCUGGAUUCUGCUCGUUUCCUUGCUUUUGGUUCAGCAGAUCACCGAAUAUAUUACUAUGAUCUUCGCAACCUUAAAAUGCCACUUUGUACUUUAGUUGGACAUAACAAGACUGUGAGCUACAUCAAGUUUGUAGACACUGUGAACCUUGUCUCUGCUUCCACAGAUAACACUUUGAAGCUUUGGGAUUUGUCUACAUGUGCAUCUCGAGUUAUAGACUCACCGAUUCAAUCAUUCACUGGUCACGCGAAUGUUAAGAACUUUGUGGGGUUAUCAGUAUCUGAUGGUUACAUUGCCACUGGUUCAGAGACAAAUGAGGUGUUCAUAUACCACAAGGCCUUCCCCAUGCCAGCAUUGUCAUUCAAGUUUCAGAACACAGACCCUCUUUCUGGCAACGAAGUGGACGAUGCUGUGCAGUUCGUGUCCUCAGUCUGUUGGCGCGGCCAGUCAUCGUCCACCUUGCUCGCUGCAAAUUCCACAGGGAAUGUCAAAAUUCUGGAGAUGGUUUAAGUUGUUGGCCUCUACACAGCAAUCUACUACAAAAUGAUACAUUGUUUGCUGAGCAUGAGGUGACAGAACCUAUGCUUAAGAUUAGCUUCUGUUGCCACUGAAUGCUUUACAAAGGGGUAUAUAGAUUCCUUGAUUAUUAUUUGUAAGUUGUAACAUAACAAAUUUUUGCAUUAGUAGUUCAUAGCGGAAGCAGUUAAAGAGAAGAGUGAGAUUGAUCACGUGGAAAACCAAAAAAGGUCCUGUAGAUAGUGUCACAUGGAAAAAAGUGAAGGUCACAACAAUCUAUAUCAGAUUAUUAUCACGGUUAUGAUCCAUAUUCAAUUUGAUAGUUACAUUCACCUAGUGGAAGCUACUAUUUUUGUGUAGAAUUCAAUAAUAUCUACAGAUAAAAAUCUAUUGCAUUUUCUAAAGUAUCUAUUGUUUUUAAUGUGCUAAGUCGGUGCAAGCUUUGAUGAAUUGAAUGUCCUGUAUCAUGUGGAUUGUGGAACGUGACACAUUAAAUGCCUUUUAUUAUGCUCGAUUGUGGCAUAUCAAAUAUGACUAUGUAAAUCUUGGCCAAA